AUGAACUUACUACCAAACUACAAAGGGCCACAAGAUGGCCGACGAAGAGCCAGCCGUCCUGACAAAAAUGCUCUUAGAAUACGCAACGAUUAUUCAGUAAAUAUACAAAAGAAUGGCUUAAGAAUCCGAGGGGGUAAUGUGACGGAUACAAAAAACUAUCCUUAUAUGGCUGCUAUUAUUAUAAAUGGAAGGCUAUGGUGCGCGGGAACAAUUGUCGAUGUUAAUUGGGUUCUGACAGCUGCGCAUUGCUUAAAUUACGUUCUACACGUGUCUCCAAUGAAGACCCUAGGCCAGUAUGUCAAGGUGCGAGUGGGCAGUCCCCGCCCCCACGAGGGAGGUGUCCUCAUGGAGGUCGCGGGAGCUGUAAGGCAUCCUAAGUUUGAGGAGGAACCGGUGCCUCAUGCUGACGUCGCGCUUUUAAAACUUGCUGAAAAUCUUGAGUUCACGCCUGACAUCAAUUUAAUCAAGAUUUACGAGGGUAUGAAGGAGCCAUACUCACAAAGCUUCGUUGUCGUUACGGGGUGGGGUAUGACUCGGGGGACAGAUACAUCAUUCCGCGACCAAACCCCGGACCUACUCUCCGCGCGUCUCAAAGUGCGCACGCGUCACUAUUGCCGAGAUGCUUACCAGCUGGUCAACGGUUUUCAAUUCACACCCGACUUCUUCUGUGCGUCUUUACGGAAUGGUACGAGGGACGCUUGCUUGUUUGACGCAGGGGCUCCAGCUGUGCAGCAUAACAGGUUACUGGGUGUUAUGAGCUUUGGCCCCGAGCGUUGCGGUCAUGAGUAUCAACCUGCUGUUUUUAUAAAAGCAUUUUACUUCAGAGACUUCGUGAAGCACACAAUAUCGUCAUACAAAACAACUGACGAUCUAAUAGAUGCGAUACGCGAAAUCAACCCGUCCAUCCGUCCGCCGGUGCACGUGCAGGGCGAGGACUUUUUCGUGGGCGGCGUGGAUGAAGUCACUCAACCUGAUGAUAAACACGACUAG